AUGGCGCCGGUCGGCUCGCCAGGCCUCGGCAAGGCGUCGCCAGGCAUGCAGGGCGAGAGCCCGCGCAUGCCCGAGGUGCUGCUCGUGUGCCUGAUGCACGACAGUGCGGCACUGCGCUCGCGCUGGAACGAGCUCGCAGAAGGCGCGCUGGGGCCGCUGUUUUGCGCGCUGUCGGCGCUCCAGCGCGAGUCGCGCCUGCUCGUCGGCGGCGUGCUGUACCGCUCCGAGCCGAGUGGCGACUUGGACGCGCUCUUGCGCCCGAGCGAGAGCAUGCAGCGCAUCCCCUUCCUGCCCGCGCCGCGAUUCUGCGCGCGCGUCGGCCAGGCCAUCCAGGACAGCUCCGCGCUGCAGCUCGUGCAGCUCGACGAGACAGGGGGGGGCGCGUGCCCGCUCGCCGACAGCCUCGCGGCGUCGCUCGAGAUGCUCGACGCGCGCGACUCGCCGCAGCACAUAGCGCCGUUUGCGCGCGCAGCGCUGCGCGCCAACUUUUCGCCGGUGCUCGCAAAGCACUUCGUGCACGUCGUCGCGCUCGAUACAGCGAACGAUACGCUGCCGAUGCGCCUCGCGCCACUGCAGCCGGUGCUCAAUACGAAUGCGGCGUACGAUGCGCUGGACGCCCAGGCGCUCGUCGCGCGCCUCAACGAGCGCCCAGAGACCAUUGCGACGGUGCUCAGCGCCAAGGGCGGCAGCCACCGCGCGCGCGCGUCGCUCGCACGCGCCGCGCACGACCUGCUCUGCACGCGGCCCGCGGCGGACAAUGUGAGCGCCAAGGAGCUGUUUGGCACGCAGUGGAAAAUGCCCGAGCACCUCGACAUCCUCGUGAGCGGCGCAGAAGUCGCGCGCGAGCUCCGCAAGCACGCGCGUGCGCCGAGCGAGGCGCCGCGCACGAAGCGCACGCGCUCGACCGACUCGCCGAUGAACGCCGCGGCCCUUGCGCCGUCCACCAAGAUCGACCAGGCGGCGCUCUCCAAGGUGCUCUUGCUGCAGCAGCAGCAGUCGACCAUGCUCAAGAACCUCGGCCAGAUCGCCGCAGCACAGGGCGGGGGCGCAGGGGCCGGCACGCACCUCCAGGGGCAGAUGCUCGAGCAGAUCCGCCAGCAGCUCCUCUCGCAGCAAGAGGCGAUCAAGACGCAGGCCGAGCAGCUGCGCCUCGGCAAGCAGUCCAACUUUAACCUCAUCCUCCAGGCGCUGAUCAAUAUAGACAAGGAGGCUCGCGAGGCGGGCAUCCAGCUCGGCGGGCCGAGCAGCAUGCUCGGCCAGGCCAAGGCGCCGGCGCAGCCGGCCCCGGCUCCGGCGCAGCCCGAGAACAAGACGCGUUCCUUCUGGCAAGGCAUCGUCAAGUGGGGCCCCGCAGGCCAGGGCGACGAAAACAUGUUUACGCUCGUCGUCGCCUCGACGGUGCACUUUGAUGCACAGCAGCAGGCGCUCGCCCUCCCGUGGCCGAACCUGCUGUCGGUCAGCGCGUUUGUGCCGGCCGCGCCAAGCGAGCUGCAGAAGCUCAUUGCCUCGCGCCGCGUGCCGUGCGUCCUAAUGACGCUGCGCGCCUUUCCACCAAACAUGGCGGUGCGCGGCUCGGAAAACAACGAGCGCAACUACCGCACGCUCGCGGCGAUGCUCCUACAAAACCAACGUGCGGCCUAUAUUGCCCACGGCGCGCCGCAGUGCGGCCUGCUCCUCGCGGCGGUCAGCCGCCGGUCGGGGGGGCCGCCGCAGCUCCUUGCGCUCGUAUUCCAGAGUGCGGUGCCUUUUGCGCAGCUCGCCGCACAGACCAGCGCAGCGUCGGCGGCGAAUACACGGGGGAUGAUUGCGAUGCCGCAGGCACCGGCGACGCCGCUGCCGACCGCGCCUUUUCCCCAAAACGACGGCAUGGCAAGCAUGCCUACGCCUACGCCUGCACCGCCCGCCACACCGUCCGUGUUUCCGAUGUUGCAGACGAUGCCGUUCGCCCAGCCGGCGCUGAAUCCGACAGAUUCCCUGACGCAGCUCUUGGGCCAGACACCGGCACCGGUGCAGCAGCCCAAUGCGGACUUGCAGACCGUCCUUCUGCAGCAGCUCCUGGGGCAGCAGCAGCAGCAGCAGCAGCAGCAACAACAACAACAGCAGCCCCGCGCGCCCGAGCCCCAGACGGCCUUUGCGCUGACCCCCGAGCAGCUCCGUGCGCUCGGCCUGAAUAGCCUGUAA